AUGCCCAUUCCUAAAUUAGACAAUCGUCCAAUGCCCAUUCCUAAUUCAGACACUCGUCCAAUGCCCAUUCCUAAUUCAGACACACAUCCAAUGCCCAUUCCUAAUCCAGACACGCGUCCAAUUCCCAUUCCUAAUUUAGACACUCGUCCAACAUGCCCUUGUCGAUUAUCUAUCGACGCACCAGAACCUGUCUGGAAGAAGCUCCUAAAGAAACUGUCAGAGGAAAAUAACUGGAACGCGAUUCGCCAUCUUGUAGGAGAGUCUCCACCACCUCGCAAUGCCCUGUCAGGCGCAGCUAAGGGCCGCUGUGCCACCGAGGUUGAUAUCAAAAGACUCUUAUAUGCGCUAACUGACGAGGAUUUGAGUUCCUGGGGGUUGGAUGUGACCGUGGCCCUUCUGAGAAGAGGGGCGUCUGUAGAUACCAUUCUUCUGGAGGAGCCUGGUGAUAAAGCCAACACGAAAAAACAAUACCUAAAUGGUUCUGGUGAUUCACCGUUACACAUCGUGGUGAAAUCUGGCAUGGCGGACACGCCUGCUGGAGUGUCAGCCAUCACUCUACUCCUGGAUCACGGUGUAGGACUGCACAUCCCAGACAGAUAUGGGAAACUGCCUAUUGAAUAUCUGAACCCCACCGAUGAGGUGUACGAUUUGUUUCUGAAGAAACAGCCACAGGCAGACCAAGCCCUAAAUACCAGGCAAAGUGUUUGUGACUUAUGUAGGUCUCGUCUGUGUUCGGCUAAAGAACUUCAUCGGAAAGGUCGUUUCUCCAUGGUCAUGGAAGUUCUAUGCAAAAUAGUAUCCGAGAGGUCCCAUGAGUCUAAAACACACAGCAGCCUGUGUAAGGAGGCAGAAGAAAUGCUGAGUGUUGUUCUGGAGAAGCUGACCCCGUCGGAUAUCUCAUACUGUAUGACCCAACUAUCGCGUAAUGUAGUUCAGAGGUUGGUUUAUAAGAUGGCUGAGAGCUACCGGUGGCAAAUCGUGGCUGAUCUCAUCAGGGCAUGGAGGCAGGCAAAUCCAGGAAGUGAAACCAUGGCCGAGGAACUUUACAUUAAUAACGUGAUUAGUUCUAACAGUUUGUUCACGAGGUCAGGAAUGAAAUCUGAGGUCAUUCAGGUACUGCUUGACAAUGGAGCCCGCCUGAGGCCAUCACGCAAGGGAGCUGACGAGCCAGUCAGUGUGGCCGUUGAGAGGAAAGAAUUUCGGGUCAUUUCCGUUUUGCUUGAUCAUAGCUUAAGCCCGAAAAACAUCCAAUGGAGCACAGGGGACCCUCCACUACAUGUGGCUCUGAAGGUGGCUUUGGACUGGGAUAAAGGGUGGUCCGGCGUACAGCUCAUUAGUCCGUCAAUUGCAGAUAAACAUGGCAACACGUUGUUAGAUGUGAUAGGAAAGUACGGAACCAGCUGCCAUACAGAACGGGCUGUCGAUCUCCUGAGGCGCUGGACGCAAACCAGGGGUGACGAUCAACCAACGAUGUCGCCUGUGCAAGGGGACAGAUUAACCAUGGUUUCAAGAGCAACAACUUUGCGAAAAGGCAUCAAAACAGCUCAAAGCAAGGUCGUAAAAGCAAGGCAGUCAGCUGCAGACAAACCAAACGCCAGUUCAUCGUCAAAAACUGUUAUUAUAGACUUUAUUAACAGAGAAAGUGAAGAUUGGACAAAAGAAGAUGAACCACUAGCAGGGGAGAAGAAAAGAUCAUAUUUGGAUUACAAGGCACAUUCAGGGAAUAGCAUUGUUUCGCUUCCUGCCCACAAAAUUGAAAAAGGCAAUGCAGAAAUGGUCGACAACGAAACGAAUAAACCACUAAAGUUGGAGACAGAUUUUGAACUUGACACCAGAGUAUUUGAUCACUUGGCAUGGGAAGUGGAAUGCACGGCUGAGGUUCGGAGAACUUUUCAAGACAGAAAAUGGCCCUAUGGGUUGAAAAAGAAAGCUAUUGAUGCAAUUCAGCGCUUGGGUGAAGGUGAAUGGACUGACUCCUUAUCUAAACGCGUCCAGUAUGUAUCUGCAGAUCUCAAACUUUUCGAGGCUAAGAUAUCCAAAGACGCCCGCAUUCUUUGGGAGUUGGCAAUUUCUUUUUCGCCCAGGCUUUCACACGAGCAAAAGCCCUAUUAUUUAGAGAUUAUUCGAGUGUGGGAUAUUGUCCUGGAUCACGACAAGCUCUCCCAUCGGAUCCGGCGAGUGGAAAAGUCUCAUAGAAAGGGACAAACGUACCUCCGCUCGCCGAAACUUGUGAGCGUACCAACGUCACGACCGUCUAAGACAGACAAUACUAGGUAUCGUCUUCCGCAAAGGUUCACGGAAGCGCCAGAGGAAGAAUGCGCAGAAGUGGUCCUUUCACCUGCAGCCAAUCCGAACGACAACGAGUACAAUGUACUAAAAUUCUACGACUUCUCAUCAGAUGUUGUCCGUCGAAUCCUACAGCAAACGAAUGAAAACAUUGACUUUCCGUUUAAAGUAACAGCUGUUGAACAAAAUAUUAUCAGUCUCCGUCCGGAAUCAGUCCUUCUCUUGGCAGGACGCAGCGGGACAGGGAAAACAACAUGUUGUUUGUACCGUCUUUGGCAUAGCUACAAAGCAUACUGGAGCCAGGCACUUUGCGAAGAACCCCUUAUUCCGCGGGGGAAUCCAGCGGAAGCUUCAGGUUGCGGCUCUUCUUUGAAGCCAACGGCUAACUACAGAGUCGAUAUGAAGAAUAGUGCUUCUAGCAGCGGACUCGCCAAACAAGCGUCACAUCAUGAAACUCUAGGUCAUCUUCAGCAGCUCUUUGUCACAAAGAAUGGAAUAUUGCUCUCAGAAGUCCACAAGAAGUUCAAUGAACUGAGGAACGGUUGUGAUCUAAACAGUCUUUAUAGCAGACCAGACAGUCUUCUGUCGAAUAAACUGCAGGAUAUACCCAGUCGCAAGUACCCACUCUUUGUAACGUCAGGCAAACUCCUUUUGAUGUUAGAUGCCUCUUUGCCUGGGGAGACCUUCUUUGAGAGAUCAGAGAAUGGUACCUCAGCGGCAGACGACGUGUGUCUCUCCGGUGCUGAGAGCUCAUCACCAUGUCUUUUGGAAGCCCGUCCUUCUGGUAACGCAACGUCUUUGGGCAAAAUCAGUAAGCGACUUGUUACUUACGAUGUGUUUGUAGUAGAACUUUGGCCGAAGAUCAGGGCAAAGUCAAAAUUCCAACCAUCUUUGGUAUGGACAGAAAUCUUCACGUUUAUCAAGGGAUCAUUCCAGUCCCUUCUCAGCCAGAAAGGUUAUUUAACAUCAGCACAAUACCAAGAAGUAGGCAGAAAAUGUGCCCCAAACUUUACAGGUAAUCGAGGUGACAUUUACAAAAUAUUUACAAAUUACGAGACAGAAAGGAAGCGAAACGGAUUGUUCGACGAGUGCGAUCUCAUACUUAACCUUCACAGGAGGCUAGAUAAGAAUGUGCUUGGUUGGAAAGUCGAUGAGAUGUACGUUGAUGAAACGCAGGAUUUCACUCAAGCAGAACUGAGCCUUCUUAUUAGGCUUUGUGAUAGUCCUAACAAUAUGUUUCUGUCAGGUGACACAGCCCAGGCCAUCAUGCGAGGGAUAUCCUUCCGCUUCGCUGACCUCAAAUCACUUUUCUACCACACCCACGACGCCUUACCUUCAAGUCGCGUGACAAUUCCGAAACAAGUGUUCCAGUUGACAGACAACUAUCGCUCCCACCAAGGAAUCCUUUCUCUCGCUAGCAGCAUUGUUGAUCUCAUGGUCGACUUCUUCCCUGAAUCAGUUGAUCUUUUGGACAGAGACCAGGGUGUGUUUCCUGGUCCUUCACCGAUUCUUCUGGAAUUUUGCAGCUCCAAAGAUCUGGCGGUUUUACUAAAGGAUAACCAGCGGUUGACAUCAGCCAUAGAGUUUGGAGCACACCAAGCAAUCGUGGUUGUCAAUGAAGCAGCACGUUCGAGCAUUCCAGAAGAGCUGCGGGCUGGCUUGGUUCUGACCAUUGAAGAGUCCAAGGGUCUGGAAUUUGACGACAUUCUCCUCUACAACUUUUUCAAAGAUUCUGACGCUAACGAUGAAUGGAGAAUUGUCACAUCGUAUUUGCACCGAUUGGCGACUGCUAGAGACGAACCCCAGGCCGCUGGGCCCAGUACACCUGCACCGGUAGAGAUCGAUCAAGAAGCAAUACAGACGUCAGCUUGCCGACCACUGGCAUUUAACCCUAUGAAGCACAGGGUUCUGUGCUCGGAGUUCAAGCGGCUGUACACAGCGAUAACCCGGGCCCGUGUCAAUCUGUGGAUUUACGAUGAAGACGAGAAAAGUCGUGCCUCGGUUUUCGAUUACUUCAAAGCGAGAGGCUUGGUGCGAACGAUUACUUCAGCCGAAGAUUCUGAACAAGAAACAUUCGCACAAAUGUCCAGUUCGGCCGACUGGACCUGGAGAGGCGACCAGUUCAUGGAGCGCCAUUCAUAUGACAUGGCCAUCAAAUGUUAUCAGAAAGCUGGGGAUCGAGCUCAAGAACACGUGGCUAUGGCACACGCAGCGUCCCGCCGGGCCCGUGGACUACAGGCCAACCCUUCCAAGAUGAGAGAAGAAUUCCUCACGGCUGCAAAGUUGUACUUGGUGAACUGCGGAAUGGUUGUUGAGGCGGCGGAGUGUCUUGUGGAUGCCCACGAGACAUUGUUAGCGGCACGUCUGUACGGGAAAGCUGGGCGGGUAAUCAAAUCAAUUCGCAUGCAAUGCUUAUGUUGUCUAGCCCUGUGUAACCAAUGA